AGGCGCAUUGCCUACAUGGCAACCAGGCUGCUCCUUGAGAAUGAGUCCGAUGAGGGGAAAUUCAGCAUCGAGAAGGACCUCGCCAAGUCCCAGUGCACCCUGACAGUGGGCAGACUCACUGCACAAGACGCUGCUACCUACUACUGUGCCAGAUGGGAUGCACAGCAGCAGAGAGCCAUGGGGAACCUGCACAAAGACACGCUCUGCUUCCUGAACGAGACGUUACAAUGCAGACAACUUGUGGGACCUUCCCUCUGCAUCUUUAUUCUAGGCACAUCCUAUGUGGGCUCUAAAACGGUUGCGUUUCUCGUACCGUUUGGCCCAGCCUAGAAGGUGCCUCUGUUGUGCUGCUUUCUCACAGCAUCACCUGCUGGCUGCGCAGGGCCCCUCUCUGGGUGGCCGCCAGUGAGUCACAUCCUGCCCUCAGGCACAGCCCCUGUCCCUGCCACAGAGCUGGGGGCUUUCUCUGGGGCACAGCACGCAGGCACCACGAGAAGAAUGCUGCUGCUGCUGCUGCUGCUGCCACUUCUGGCCCUGGCUGAAGCCUGGUUGCAUCCAUUCCUCUCCCCGUGGCGGCUCUACUUGCAGCAGCAGCAGCAGGCUGUCCUGCGUACACCUGCGGGCAGCAGGCUGGCAGUGCUUGCUGCCUUUUCUCUCCUUCUGAUACACGGACAUGCACAAGUGCUGCUGCAACAGAGUCCACCAUCUGUUACCAGAAGGAGAUCCAGAACUGUGAAUAUUGAGUGCCAAGCUGAGGGCAUAGAUGACUUCCAGGCUGCCUACAUCCACUGGUACCGACAGCUGCUUGCCAGAGCUCCUGAACGGCUCCUUUUUGUGAUAGCAAAAUCAAAUGUUUCCUAUGAUUCAGAAACCUGUAAGGCCAAGUACUUGUCUGCCAAAAUAGGGAAUAACAUUUGCUAUCUAUCAGUUCUAAACAUACAUGAUGAUGAUGAAGGUACCUACUACUGUGCCUACUGGGAGACUCACAGCAGGAGCAGCCUGUGGGCAGCCAUUACAGAAAGCUGGCUGCAAUCUGAGCUGCACACUUUGAUACAAGUGCCGAGAAACACAGCUGCCUUCCUGCCCCCAUCUCUCAGCCUUCAGGGCGUCCCCACAGGCUUAAGCAGAGAAAGGAAUUGCAGGAUGAGUGCAUCGUUUCCUCUCCCUACCAGCAGCCGUCCUGCCCCUAAUGUUCACUUUUUCGCCGCUGGAAUGGCAGCACUGAAGGACUGGAUGCAAAAUGAUGGAUCUGUCACAAGGAAAGUGGCAGUAGGAGUUUGCAGAACAUGUCCUGACGUGAGGUCUGUAGUGCAUGCUGCAGUGACAGAGACCUGGAGAAGAUCCAGAGCAGAUUCACUCUCUUAG